AUGGAAAAGAAUUACUUAAGUACACCCAAGUCAAACAUCUUCCUAUUUGAUUAUCAGCGCAUUCCAAUCACAAUGGAGACGAUCUACGACGAGAUAGAAAUCGAGGACUUUACGUUCGAUCCAGUCACCCAGUUAUUCCAAUACCCAUGUCCUUGUGGUGACAGGUUUGCGGUAUCGAUCGACGACUUGAACGAUGGCGAAGACAUCGCGGUGUGUCCAUCGUGCUCGUUGAUGGUGAAGGUGAUUUUCGAUCCUGAAGACCUUCAAGAAUACUACGAUGAGAUAUAA